AGUUUAAUCUACCAUGUAAUUUGUUAUUGUAAUGACAUUGGCGGGAAAAACAUGAAUAUGCGAAGUUCAAACUCCAUAACCAUAACAAGUUUACAACUUCAUUCAAAUUUCAAUACAGGUAGUAUCAAUGGAAGGUAGCGAAAGCGAGGCGAUUUUCGAGUCAUUCAACCUUAAACCUCAGCUUUUCAUCAACGAAUCCCUAAAUAUCGUCGAUGAAUUAGUUGAUGGCGCUUUUCAUCACUUUCAUUUGGAAGCAUCGAAAUUAUUGAAGACUGAUGGCACUGACAGAUCUGAAGAUCUUCAAAAGGGUAUUGAUUAUAUUCAAAAUACAAUUCAAGCAUCUUUGGACAAGAGGCUAGUUAUGUGGGAGCAAUACUGCCUUCGCCAUUGUUUUACUGUUCCUUCUGGGUUUUCAUUACCUUCUGGGGAUGAAGCUUCUGGUGAUGAUCUAAUGGACCAAGAUGAUCCUAAUGAUGAGCAGGUAGAAGCACAACUUGAUAAUUUAAGGAAUAAGCUUGCAGAGGCUGGAAAAGAGUGCUCUGAGUUGAAACAAGAAUUGCGAGAAUUAGAAAGAAAAUCUACCAUGAGCAACCAGUAUAUCUCAUCUGUGAAUGAAGCAUUACAGUUGUAUGAGAAAAGUUCUGCACAUGACAUGUUCCAAGAUCUGAUGAACGUUGCAUCUGAACUCCGUCACAAAAUGGAGCAGCUAAAGAGCAAAGAGAUGAAAGAGAUUGAGCGCAGUAGGAAAGAGAGGGCAAAUGAUGCAAAUGGAGAUAUUCCCGAACUCAGAUACAGCAAGGGUCUUUCCAAGUUGGGGUUGGAUGAUCUUCAGGAGUUCAUGACCAAGAUGAACUCGAUGACGUAGGCUCUUCUUUGUUGUUCUCCAUGCCCCCUUUCCCCCCUCUUACUCUGAAAUUACCAGGUGAAGUGAUAUUUUAAAUUUGUAAUCUCUGUACAUAUGUGAAGAUUAAGUCGUAGUAGCAGUUGUUUACCCUUGUUAAAAUAGAUACAUCACAAACUUUAUGGUGUAUAUUACUAGAUAAGGGAUGAGAUCCAGAAUUCUAAUAGAGAUUAUAGCUUAGUUAUUGUAUUUGUAUAACCUAAUGAGAACUUAGAUGACGACAAAUUUCGUGCAACUUAUGUGCUUUCUUGGUUCUGAUCGUCUGUUUUUGGAAUCUUAAAAACAUCUUUAGCUGAUCAUUGUAUUUGUAUAACCUAAUGAGCACAGGUUGCAUUAC